AUGUCGUAUUCAAGUUAUAUGCCAUCUUCAUAUCACGAUGUAAGAAUUUCGAAUGCUAGCUUAGGCUUUUAGUUUGCAAUUUUUCAGAACAAUGUGCAAAUUGCGAUAAAUGGUGUCGAACUUGUGAAUCGUCAUGAAUUAUCGAACACACAAGAUAAGGUACUUCAACGAUUUAUUGACGCAAAUUCACAUAUAUUGCAAUGGAAAGAUCGGGAAAUAAGUGAGUUCUAAUAACAUUUCUGGAGCAAAAAUUAAUUUUUGAUUUUUUGGCGAAAGAUUUUUUGAAUAAUUCAAGAUUCAGAGAAUUUUUUAUAUUUCGAUACUAACAUAGAACUAUACUUUAGUUCAUGAUUAUUUUACUUUUACCUAAAAUAUUUUCUUGCCAAACUCUCUCAAUUUCCAGUCCAACCACCAGUCCGUCACACACCAAGUCAUCAUUAUGAAGAUAUGCGUAGAAGUUUGUCAAGAGGUCCAAGCCCCUUUGAAAAAUACAAUUCCUUGGACAGACUUGCUACUAAACGUCAAGAAAACAUCCCAGAAAACCCUCCAAUCAAUCGAAAUGAUUUGCCACGUUAUCCAAAUAUCGAUAAUCAUAAUUAUACAGAAGAAUUUCCUGGACUCGAAUAUUUAUCUGACAACACAUUCAUCGAAGAUCUCAUCAAACAAGGCCAAGUGUCAAUCGGAAGUUCAGGAUUAAUCAGUCAACCAGGAUCAAGAGUUGGUAGCUCACUUGGUGGAGCAUAUUCAAGUCUUCCAAGAGCACAAAGUAAUAUGAGCAAUUAUGGAACUUUGAAAGGGGGUAUCAAACAACACUCCACUUUACCACCAACAAGUCCUUAUAGCAGUUUGAAACGGUGAGAUUAUUUUUGAAAUUAAAAUGAAAAGAUGAAAAAGAUGAGAAAUGUGUUUAUAGAAAAGGUGUCAGUUGGUUGGAUCAAGAGCGUGCACGAUCUCUAUCACCCGGACUUCAUCAAAACUUAUCGCGCCAAUAUCAAAGACCCGCUUCAACUAUUCACACAACCACAUAUACAACCAGUUAUUAA